GUAUUUUCACUAUAGAACUGGUUUUAUUGAACAAGAUAGAACAUUGUUUCUUCUCAAGAUUGCCGAUAAAUAUCAAAUAAUCUAAAAAAGUAGUUAUUUUAUAAUAUUUAUUAUACAAUUUUAAUUAAUCUAAACUAUGACAAAUAUAUAUCUCCAUGUAUGAGCUAGACUUUAUUUGAAGAAUUUCUGAGCGAUAAACGAGGAAAUUAAUAAAUGUCAGAUGACAGACGUUAAUACGCUAAUAAAUGCAUAUAUAACUAAAAUUGUAAUUAAAAGAUAUAUUAUUAUGAUAAAAAGAUUAGAUUAUGCUUCGUUCGGCAAUAAAAUCAAAACAAUUGGGAUUUUUAAGAAAAUCUGUAUCAAGUUUAUUCAUGGUUGGUAAAAUUUAAUAGAAAACCGCUAGUGAAUGAGGAAAAGUUAGUUGUAAACAAUAUACAGUAUACAUAUAUAUAUAUAUAUUUAGAUAUAUAUUAUAUAUUUGAACCUAUUUAUUGAUUUUACUCAUUCACUAUUAAUUUAUUUAAGGUUUCCUUUAUUGUUAACCCACCGUAAAAAUUUGCACGCAAAAUAGUAGUUCUUGUUUUUUCUUUUUGUUUUUAAUAUUGACCGAAAUUAUUUCCAAUUAAAUUGAAGUAAAUUUGUAAAGAAUCUAUACUAUCUAUCAAAUUUUAGAGCCUUAUUUAAAAGAAAGCCUAUUUCCUGUACUGACUUUUUAACUUAACGUGUUUCGAAUUUUCCCCUGUGAAUGAAAGAUUUUUUAUUUUUCUGUAUACGAUUUAUACAGAAGAGAAAAAUCUAACUGAGAAUUUUAUUCUUUCUCUCUUUCUCUCUCUCUCUCUCGUUUAUUUAUUUAUUUAUUUAUUUUCUAUCUGGCUUUUCUAUUUUUUUUUGGGUUAUGAAUGGCUAUAAUUCUGGGGAACGUACUAUUUUAUAAUUGAAUAAACUUUUAUUCCGAAAGCUAGUCAAUAGUUUCUUCCAGUGGAUUAAACACUUUGGUUCUAAGCUAAUAAGUUUGUUUCCUUUAUGUUAUUUGUUACAUUCAAUUACUUUGUCCCAGUAGUUUUCCACUGUCAAAGAAACGUAAUAUCAAAGUGAAAAGUAACAAAACCUUUUUGGAUGGUCAAUUAUUAGAUCAGAUUUACUAUUGAUGCAAGACAAUAAAGCUUACUUGAUUUUGUUCCCAAAUGAAAUUGCCCUUGCGCCCUUUAAAAACUGAAUUACUUUGUAUUACAAUAAGUUGUCUUACCUUGCUCUUCUAAACUAGAACGCCUCUAUUUUCCUUUUUUACUUCGUAUUUUGCAAUUGGUACUUAAUAUGCACUUAACGUUGUAGUAAAUCGUCUCUAGAUUAACUUAUAAAAGAUAAUAUCAAACUGAUUAAAGUUUUAUUUCCUUUACUUUUUUAUUUAAAGGAAAAGAAAAUGGCACACCACGGAUUGGCUGAUAGAUUACAAGGGACAGAUCAAAAUGUUUGGGUUGAAUUCGGAAAUUUAGUUGUUAAGGAAAAAGCUUUGAAUUUAGGACAAGGAUUCCCAGAUUUUCAUGCGCCUGAAUAUGUUAAAAAAGCUCUUGCAGAAGCUGUAAUGAGUGAUAAUCCUUUUUUAAACCAAUAUACUAGAGGAUACGGACAUCCAAGAUUGGUCAAAGCUUUAGCCGAUUUGUACUCUCCACUUAUGAAUCACCCUAUUGACCCCAUGAAUGAAAUUCUCAUAUCAGUUGGUGCCUAUGGAGGUUUAUUCUGUGCUGUUCAAGGACUUAUUAAUCCUGGAGAUGAAGUAAUUAUUAUUGAACCUUUUUUUGAUUGCUACGAGCCUAUGGUUCGAGUUGCUGGCGGUGUACCAGUUUUUGUCCCUCUAAGAAGGAUUGAAAAACCAGAAGAUGCUGAGAGGGCAUCUUUUCAAAGUUCGGAGUUCUGUCUAGACUACGAGGAAUUGUCUUCGAAAUUCUCGCAUAAAACUAAAGCCAUAUUCUUUAAUAAUCCAAACAAUCCUUUGGGCAAAGUUUAUUCCAUGGAAGAAUGUGAAAUGAUAGCUGAUUUAUGCAAAAAAUAUAACACUAUCGUUUUUAGCGAUGAAGUUUAUGAAUGGCUUAUAUACGAUGAUAAAAAACACAUAAAGAUAGCAAAUCUUCCUGGUAUGUACGACCAAACUUUGACAUUUAGUAGCGCUGGAAAAGCUUUCUCGGUAACUGGCUGGAAAUUGGGUUGGACUAUCGGACCACCGCAUUUAGUUAAGGCUUGCUCGGUGUUACAUCAAAAUUGUUCAUAUACUUGCCCUACUCCUCUACAAGAGGCUAUUGCUAUGGCGGUUGAAAGAGAAAUUCCAAAGUUAGGAAGCGGCUGUAAAGAUUGUUAUUUAUUAAAAUUAGCCAGGGAAUUGCAGCCGAAGCGAGAUUUCUUAGCGAAAUGUUUACAAGAAGUUGGGAUGAAGCCCAUUAUACCUGACGGAGGGUAUUUUAUGAUUGCCGAUUAUUCUGGUUUAAUGAAUGCUAGCCCCGAAAUUAACUUGGGAGAUUCAAACGAACCGAAAGAUUAUCAGUUUGUUAAAUGGAUGAUAGCAAAUAAGGUAUUUUUAAUAAGAUAAAUUAUCCAAUGAACGUUCGCACUUUUCUUAUUACUUAUUCUAUUGUCUUAUAAGAAACUAUCCGGAAUACCACCAAGCGCAUUCUAUAGCCAAGAUCAUAAAGUACUGGUUGAGAAUAUGAUAAGAUUCUGUUUUAUUAAGAAAGAUGAAACACUAGCUGCAGCUGAGAAGAUUAUCAAGAAAUGGGCUUUCCAGCUGAGCAGAAGUUCAACAGCCACACCUAUUUCAAGCAAGUCGAGCAAAGAAACUCAAGACUAACAAAGCUAAAUAUAUAUAUUUAUAUAUAUUGAACACCUCUAAUGAACUUAAGUACUUCUACAGAGGUUUUCUUUGCAAGUUUCUUUAUCACUACUUCACAGAUAAUCGCAUUUGUGUCAAUGUAUUUUGUUUCUGAGAAAAAAGACUGAAUACUUGAAUAAAAGCAUAAAGUUUGACAUUUAAAGAUUAACUUUAAGAUCCAUAGGAAUUUUGUGAGA